ACAGCAUCAGGCAAGUCCUGGUCAAUGCAUGUUAUAUAAUGCAGUGGCAAAGCUACAUUUUGAUGUAGCCCAGUGUAAACAUGACUUAGGUGGAGUCAAUUCGUUUAAAUUUCAGAAAUGAUUGGAGUUCUUGAAAUCAAUUGCACAAACUGUUUACUGUAUAGAAUCAAGUUUGUAAAGUUUUUAAUGAAAUUCUAUCUAUUUCUGCAGGUGCCCUUCAACCAAUAUGGAUUAAUCAACCGAGAAGAACUUUGUGCUUUUAUUUUUUCUUAUGCUGUUUGAACUCCUUGUAACUGGACUAAGUUGGACUCUUUGAAGAAAAGUACACAGAUUUGUGACUUUAUUGAGUGUGCUAUGAUGGAGGCGUGACUAAGGACAAUGUGAUGGGAAGCCAGACUAUAGAGGAUUAUGCAACUUUUGAGUUGUAUCUACAGCAGGCACAGGAGGAUAUUGGGCUGUGCCUCAGUGGUACCACCACCCCUGUGACUCCCACAGGAGGAGAUAACUGUUUCCUGACCAGUGGCUAUGUGAACAAUCACUCCUGUGAUUGCCAACUGACUCCAGAAUUAGGAGAUGGGGACCCCACCCCUGUCAAUAGUCCCUGCAAGGGGGAUGAGGAGGGCGAGGUUUGUAAUCAGGAGAAAAGAACAGAAUAA